AAAACGCUUCUAUUAAUUUCCAUCUUCCAAGCUACGCACAGGUUUUAUACCUAACAGCUUAAAAUUAUGCAAAAUGUUCCUGUUUUCUCAAUGCAUUAAUUACUUUGGAUAUGGUUAGCGUGUUCUUCUCGAAUCCAAGUUUCAAACUCUUCCAUCAAUCAAAUCCUUGAAAAUUCAACGGAUUUUUUAAGUUAAAGCUGUUAGGACGUCGGCAAAGUUCAUUUUGUUAACAAUCACUGUACGAAGUUCUUUCACGCGUUGAAGAAAGCUGCUGACAUUUUGCAACUAACUUCUCUAUAUAUACAAGUUGAACUCCGCCAGAGAUUUCUAACCAGAUUGAAAAGGGCAUGCAUACAUUUCUAUCUGUUCUUUGUAUUUGCUAUACAUAAAAGUAUUCUGAAUUUGCAGAAUUAAGGAAGUGGAAGUUAAGAAAUGAAUAUGGACUUAUCUCCCAAGUUUCCCCGAACGUUCGCUGAGACAGAAAGCGGUGGAUACUACAAUUGGGCAGUUGCCGACUCUCCAGCGCUCGGUGAGGCCAAAGUUGCAGCUGGUAAGCUUGUUUUGAGGCCUCGGGGCUUCGCUUUUCCCCAUUAUGCGGAUUGCUCCAAAGUCGGUUAUGUUCUUGAGGGUAACUGUGCAGUUGGAUUGACAUUACCAGCCAACACAAUAGAUAAGACAGCUUUCAUAGGUCUUAAGAAAGGAGACAUUAUACCAGUUCCCUCUGCAUCAGUCUCGUGGUGGUAUAAUUAUGGAAAUUCUGAUGUGGUUAUAGUAUUCUUGGGUGAUGCUACUGAGGCCUAUGUUUCUGGUGAAAUUACCUACUUCUUAUUAACAGGACCUCAGGGUCACUUGGCAGCUUUCUCUCCUGAAUUUAUUGCUAGAACUUACCAUGUCAAUGUAGAAAAAGCACAAAAACUUGCCGAUAGCCAAAAGGGUGUUUUGAUCAUCAAGCUUGGUCAAGAAGAAGCAGAAGGCAUCCCGAAGCCUUACGACGUAGUAAACAUUUGGACCCAGAACAUCGAUGGUGCAUCUCCUGAUGUUCAAGUCAAGAAUGGUGGCAAAUCUACUACCCUGACAGGAAAUAAAUUUCCUUUUCUUGAACAAGUCGGGCUUAAUGUCACUCACUUAGUACUUGAAACCAGUGCCACUAGGGCACCAGCAUAUGCAUCUGAUGCACAAGUUUACUACGUUGCAAAAGGAAGUGGUAAAGUACAGAUUGUAGGUCUGCAAGGCAAGCUUGUAUUGAACACCAAAGUUGAGAAUGGCCAAAUAUUCGUCGUGCCAAAACUUUUCAUGGUUACCAUAUCAGCCGAUGCAGAAGGAAUUGAGUUGGUCUCAAUUGUAACAUCUACACGACCUGUCACCGGAGAAUUAGCUGGUAAAAAUUCCGUUUUGAAUACAAUUCCCUCAAUUCUGCAAGCCAGCCUUAAUGUAACCCCGGAACUCAAUCAACAUUUCAGGCGGAUGAUGGAAACUGGCACAACAAUCGUCCCUCCAAUGAACUUGUACCAGGCUUAAUUAUGUAUAUUAGUUAAAGGACGAUGCAGCGGUACUAUUUCGGUAGCAGUAAUGAUCUUGGCUUUCAAGAAGGCUGCACCAGGCAGUCAGUGUUUCAAUAAAAUAAUAAUAAUAAUAAUGAAGUGUUUACUCGAGUAAUGUGAAUUGUAUCAACGUUUGUAAUAUUAUGUGGAGCGCUACUGCUGUCCUUCGAUUUGUAAUGUAGUAGUAACUUUUCUUUAAUCAGUCUCUACAUAUCUCCA